CACCAAACACCCCUCCUCAACCAGCCAGACAACAUGCACGUUGCUGGUAUCUCCUCCCUUCUGCUCCUGGCAGCUGGUGCUGUCCAGGCUGCCAGCUCCUGGAGCUUUGACGAUGCCAGCAUCUCCAUCAGCAACAAGAAGACUGCUGGCGAAGCUGCCAAAGAAUCUUUUGGUGUCCAGUCCCCCCUCAAGACCCCAGUGUCCCUCAGCGCACAAGAUACCCUCACCGUUAGCCUGACGGCCAAGGACAAUGGCAAGGCGAAGCGACCACACCAGGCAUUUCUCCUCCUGACCGAUCAGUCGACGGGCCUGGAGGCGCCUUUCCCUCUGAGUGUCCGGGACAACGGCAAGGGCAAGGUGCAAAUUACCCAGAAAGACAUCCCCGCCCAGUUCUUCGUGUCGUCCGAGCCUCUCCACGCGAGCGUGGUCAUCGGCUCCUUUGGCUCUUCUCAGGGUGUCAUCUCUGACGCCUUUAACAUUGAGAUCAAGCCAGAUUCCACUACUCCUCCUGCCGCCGCGUCACCUCCCCUUCGCUACGGCAAGCAGCCUCAGAUCCACCACAUCUUCCGAGAGCCUACCAAGUAUGGGUACAAGAUCAUCUCUAUCGCCGUCUCACUGGUUAUUGCGGCUACACUGCCGGUCGUCGUGGGUGUUUGGCUCUUGCACGGCGCCAACGUUAGUCAACUCCCCAAGGCCGUGGGCGCGGCUCCGGUAUCCUACGCUACCUUCUUGGGCUCGAUCGUGGCCAUGGAAUUUGUUUACUUCCUCUACCACCGCGGAUUAUCCCUGGGCCACAUUCUCGUUCCCGUGGCUGUUCUGAGCACCACCACUGUUCUCUCCGGUAUGAGGGCCCUUGGUGAGGUGCAAAGCCGGCGACUGGCUGGAGAGCGAUAGGUUGUUGUCUAGCGGAAGAUUUGGAGCGGCGGCCAUUUCCUCAAGAGAGGUCCGCAUCCAAGAGGCCGGCCUGGUCACGAUUCAUCAUACCAUAUGGCUGAUUGUUCCUGGAGGGCAUUCUAUAUCCACAUCCUGGUCAGCCUCUCUCUCUGCUCCCAUGCGAGAGCAUGACCAGUUCGUCCUGGAGGGUCACAAUCCAUAUCUGAGGGCGGAUAGCCGGAAGUUUCACAGGUAGUGGAAAUGUACAUUAGAGCUGAAAGCAUAUCGGCCCGAGAACGGCUCAGGAAAAGGAAUGGAAAAGCAUCAUGACAUGAGACUCACGAGCAUGAUGUGCGCAAGUUGAGCACGAAGACACCUCUUGUGACAGAG